AUGUCCAGUCCAGAUGAUUUUGAAACAGCACCAGCUGAGUUUGUUGAUGCCUUGGAUCCGAGUAUGGUUGUUGUAGACAACGGCUCUGCUGCGGUUACUACGGCACCCGGAUCUGCCGCUGACGUGAAGGCUGAUCCAAAUGAAGAAAAUCCUGAUGUUGCUAGUGAUGAGGUUAGCGAGAAAGAAGAUCAGGUCAAAAUCGAAAAGAAGGAGAAUAAUGCCACUGAAGCUGACGUAACAACCACCAUGUCUGUGGUCGACACGACCGCGACCACUGAUAUCACUAAGGCUUCUACAGUUUCUGCUACUUCUGCAGCAGUAUCUUCUACUGAUGGUACCGCUAUUGAGGAAAAGAAAGAUCAAAUAAGUGCUCCUCCUCUGUUAAAUAUGAAAUUCUAUCUUAAUCGCGACGCAGAUGCACACGAUUCUUUGAAUGACGUUGAUCAGUUAGCGCGUUUGAUUAGAGCAAAUGGAGGUGAAGUACUGGAUUCCAAACCAAGAGAAUCAAAAGAGAAUGUCUUCAUUGUAUCACCCUAUAAUCACACCAAUUUACCAACGGUAACUCCAACUUAUAUCAAGGCCUGUUGCCAAAGUAACUCUUUGUUGAAUAUGGAAAAUUAUUUAGUCCCUUACGACAAUUUUAGAGAAGUUGUAGACAGCAGGUUACAGGAUGAAUCCCAUUCUAGCUGUAGGAGUAAUAGUAAUAGCAAUACUAACAAUUCUGUUGAACCAAAAACAGAGACAGGUUCCAAAAGUUCUAACAACGGUGUGGAAGAACCAACCAAGGAAAAAGACAUGAUAGAUGCAGAGCAACAAGCUAGAUUACAAGAACAAGCACAACUGCUACGCCAACAUGUAAACGGUACCGCAUCAAUGGCAAGCGGAGGGCGUGAUGACCUUGUACAAAUCGAACAACCUCAAAAAGAUGCCUCUAGUAAUAGCAAUAACAUUAUUAACGAUGAAGACAACGAUCUGUUAGCACAAGAUAACAACGCUCAAUCAGGCGAGGAAGGUAAUGCAUCUUUUCAAGCACAACGGUCCAUGAUGUCCAGAGGAGCUUUGCCUUCACACAAUAAGGCGUCAUUUACAGAUGAAGAAGACGAGUUUAUUUUGGAUGUUGUGAGAAAGAAUCCGACCAGACGUACCACUCAUACACUUUACGAUGAAAUAUCGCAUUAUGUACCCAAUCAUACAGGUAAUUCUAUUAGACAUAGGUUUAGGGUCUAUCUUUCUAAAAGACUAGAGUAUGUCUAUGAAGUUGACAAAUUUGGUAAAUUGGUAAGAGACGAAGAUGGAAACCUGAUAAAAACCAAGGUUUUGCCACCAUCAAUUAAAAGGAAAUUUUCGGCAGAUGAAGAUUACACUUUGGCAAUCGCAGUCAAGAAGCAGUUUUACCGUGAUUUGUUCCAAAUCGAUCCUGAUACGGGAAGAUCGCUAAUUACAGAUGAGGAUACACCUACUGCUAUUGCAAGAAGGAAUAUGACAAUGGACCCAAAUCAUGUUCCAGGAAAUGAACCAAACUUCGCAGCUUACAGGACUCAAAGUCGAAGAGGACCCAUCGCACGAGAAUUUUUCAAGCAUUUUGCGGAAGAACAUGCAACUCAUACCGAAAACGCUUGGAGAGACAGAUUCAGAAAGUUUUUAUUAGCUUAUGGUAUUGAUGACUAUAUCAGUUAUUAUGAAGCCGAAAAAGCUCAGAAUAGAGAACCAGAACCGAUGAAGAACCUCACCAAUAGACCCAAGAGGCCCGGCGUGCCCACUCCAGGUAACUACAAUUCGGCAGCCAAGAGAGCGAGGAAUUAUAGUUCUCAGAGGAAUGCUCAGCCCACUGCUAAUGCUGCUUCUGCCAAUGCGGCCGCUGCUGCCGCUGCCGUUGCUUCCAACUCUUACGCCAUCCCAGAAAACGAACUAUUGGACGAAGAUACGAUGAAUUUCAUAUCCAGUUUAAAGAACGACUUAUCCAAUAUUUCAAACAGUUUACCUUUUGAGUAUCCACACGAAAUUGCGGAAGCUAUAAGAAGUGACUUCUCGAAUGAAGAUAUAUAUGAUAAUAUUGAUCCCGAUACAAUAAGCUUUCCACCAAAAAUUGCGACAACAGAUCUUUUCUUACCAUUAUUUUUCCAUUUCGGCAGCACGAGGCAAUUUAUGGAUAAACUUCAUGAAGUCAUUUCAGGAGAUUAUGAGCCGUCACAAGCUGAAAAAUUGGUACAAGAUCUUUGCGAUGAAACCGGUAUACGUAAGAAUUUCAGCACGACCAUAUUGACAUGCUUAUCUGGAGACUUGAUGGUCUUCCCUCGCUACUUUUUGAACAUGUUUAAAGACAAUGUUAAUCCUCCACCUAACGUUCCCGGUAUCUGGACACAUGAAGACGACGAGUCACUAAAAAGUAAUGAUCAAGAGCAAAUAAGAAAACUGAUUAAAAAACAUGGUACUGGUAGAAUGGAAAUGAGGAAAAGGUUUUUUGAAAAGGACCUAUUGUGA